AUGCCGCACACGGGGCACGCGGCCCCCACACACGCUUCACACUCCACGCACCACGGUCACCAUAACGAACACGUGGAUGCUGCCGCUGUCAUAGAUGAAGUUUUCUCGCGUCUCGGCGAAGUUGCCAUCGAAGAAGAGAUGAAACCCAACGGAAAGGAGAGAUUUGUGUUGGGCGACAGGAACCCCGACGACGACGAGGAUGAUGACUACGUAUGGGAAGACCGGCCGAUUGUGAAAACCUUUGACGGAGAUCUCAGACGUCAAUAUCUGGCUUACAUCUCCAAGAUCAACUCUAGCCAGUGUGGCCCGGGAGACCUGUCUGAGUUUGUCAAUCACGGUGUGAUUCACAACGACUCCGCGCCAAUGUCGGUCGACGAAUACGCAAAGAUCAUAAGUGACAGCAAAAGGGACCUCCCCGGACUGGAUUUCGCGGUGGAAAUGCUCGUAAUGGAGAAGGCACAAACUACUCCCGUCACCAUUGCUGGAACCAAGACGACAAGUAAGGACACACGUGAGGGCGAUGGCUCGAUCGCGGCUAGACUCAAGUUGACCUACAAGCCCACGUCGACGACGCAGGACACGUUCUACGAGCAUGUUUUUUACGCCUUUGAAAAAGGCAAGAUAUCGAAGGUUUGGAGCCUGCUGGACGGCGCCGGUCUGAAGUGGAAAGAGAAGAGGGACGAAGAGACUCGCAAAAAGGGGUAG